AUGGAGCACAUGAACACCCAUUCUGAUGAAAAGCCCUUCAGCUGCUUCAGAUGUUCGGAAACUUUUUCCAAAAAAUUCAGCCUUGCGAUACACGAGUUAACUCAUUCUGAUGAGAGACUCUUCAGCUGCUCGAGGUGUCCGAAAACAUUUCAACGUAAAGACUAUCUAAUGGAGCACAUGAACACCCAUUCUGAUGAAAAGCCCUUCAGCUGUUCGAGGUGUUCUGAAGCUUUUUCCAAAAAAUUCCGUCUUGCGAUACACGAGUUGACUCAUACUGAUGAGAAGCUCUUCACCUGCACCGUGUGCUCGAAAACUUUCACCCGCAAAGGCAGUCUUAUUGUACACAUGCAAGCACAUACCGGUGAGAAGCCUUUUCUUUGUACGGUGUGUUCAAUAGCUUUUACACUAAAAAAGAAUCUCAGGAGACACGAGCUGAUGCAUACUAGCGAAAGCUCUUUCAACUGCACCGUGUGUUCCAAGACGUUUCGACGUAAAGACUAUCUCACGGAUCACAUGAAAACCCAUUCUAAUGAGAGGGCCUACAGCUGCACAGUAUGUGAGAAAACAUUUCAACGUAAAGACUAUCUCACGGAUCACAUGAAAACCCAUUCUAAUGAGAGGGCCUACAGCUGCACAGACUGUGAGAAAACAUUUCGACGUAGAGAGCAUCUUACGAGACAUAAGAAAACCCAUACCGAUGAUAGGCCCUACAGCUGCUCGAGUUGCUCCAAAACAUUUCGACGUAGAGAGUAUCUCACGAAACAUGAGGCAACCCAUACCGAUGAGGGGCCCUCCACCUGUUCGGUAUGUUCUAAGUCUUACAAAUGUAAAACAAGUUUUAAGAAACACAUGAAAAUCCACGAAGAGGAGACUUCCCGACGCAUCACCGAUGAGUCCCCAUCAACUUUCGUCCAUGGCAAUGCAGUUGGUCUCGAAAAACAUGUCGAAGCCCCUCAUCGACGUACCCACGACAACAGACUAUGUCCACGAACCUUCAACCGAGAAGAUCAACUCUCAGUGCAUGUGGACAAUGAACACCCAUACGAGUGUCAACCAGUUUGUGGAUACGAGGAAUUGACGAGACGCAAGGACCAAGUUCGGAAUGAGAUGGUCGAAUCCCUUCAACGCACCCACGAUUGCAGACUAUGUCCACGAACCUUCAGACAUGAAGAUCAACUCUCAGUGCAUGUGGACAAUGAACACCCAUACGAGUGCCAACCAGUUUGUGGAUACGAGGAAUUGACGAGACGCAAGGACAAAGUUUGGAAUGAGAUGGUCGAAUCCCUUCAACGCACCCACGAUUGCAGACUAUGUCCACGAACCUUCAGACAUGAAGAUCAACUCUCAGUGCAUGUGGACAAUGAAUACCCAUACGAGUGCCAACCGGUUUGUAGAUACGAGGAAUUGACGAGACGCAAGGACCAAGUUCGGAAUGAGAUGGUCGAAUACCCCCACAACUGCAGACUAUGUCCACGAACCUUCAGACAUAAAGAUCAACUCUCAGUGCAUGUGGACAAUGAACACCCAUACGCCUGCCAACCAGUUUGUGGAUGCGUGGAGUGGAUGAAGAGAAAAUGCCAUAGCCAUGGUAAACGUUAA